AUGCAAGCUAGCUGCUUGUGGUGUCGAGGAGUGUGGGACAACAUUGCAUGCUGGGAAGGCAGGGAGCUGGGGGAGGUGGUGACCAUCUCCUGCCCCCCCGUUCUGAGAGCCUUGUUCCAGCGCAACGGAAACAUCAGCAGGAGGUGCACGGAGGCCGGCUGGUCGGAUAUCUUUCCCAACAUAACAAGCAUCUGCGGAUCAGAACCCACACAGGAGAAGCUGGUUUUCUACAUGGUGGUCCAGACUCUAUAUACGCUCGGCCACAGUCUUUCCUUGAUCGCCCUCACCACUGGUAGCGCCAUCCUCUGUCUGUUCCGGCGGCUCCGCUGCACCAGAAACCUGAUCCACCUGAACCUGUUCCUGUCCUUCAUCCUGCGGGCGGUGGCCGUGCUGGUGAAGGACCACAUCCUGUUCUCCCACAGCUCCCAGUGCUCCCAGGAGCCCUCGCUGUUGGGCUGUAAGGCCAGCCUGGUGUUCUUCCAGUACUUCAUCAUGGCUAACUUCUACUGGCUGCUGGUGGAGGGGCUGUACCUGCACACGCUGCUCGUCGUCAUGUUCUCCGAGAACCGGCCCUUCGUCGUGUAUCUGCUCGUCGGCUGGGGUAUUCCCACCGUGUUCGUGUUCACCUGGGUCAUGACCAGAGUGCACCUUGAAGACUCAGGGUGCUGGGAAAGAAACGAAAACCCCAUCCCUAACUGGGUGAUCAACGGACCAAUAGGAGUCUCCAUAAUGGUGAACUUUGUCCUCUUCAUCAGCAUCAUUCGCAUCCUGGUCCAGAAGCUCAGGUGUCCGGAUGUUGGGGGAAACGACCAAUCACAGUACAGGCGGUUGGCUAAAUCCACUCUGCUGCUGAUCCCUUUGUUCGGGAUCCACUACGUGGUUUUCGUGUCUCCAAGCGAGUCCAUCGCAGAGGAGUACAAGAUCUUCUUUGACCUGGCCCUCGGCUCCUUCCAGGGUCUGACAGUCGCCAUCUUGUAUUGUUUCCUCAACAGUGAGGUUCAGGGGGAGCUGAGGAGGAAGUGGAGGAACAUCCACCUCAACUGUCACCUCAGGAGGAACCAGCGAUUUCCCAGAAUGCACCUCUCCCCGGACAGCUCCAAACACGCCGACCACGGGGGCCAGGACUCCCAGAACCCCUUCACCGUGCAGUCCGAGACCAGCAUCCUCUGAGCCCCAUUAGGCCCUAAUGGGGAAUGCAUGUUCCAUGUCUGUAAAUAUAAAGCCGUUGACAGUCGGAGUUCUGGACUGAACUGGUCAGCAGGUCAGGGACAAAAACGAGUUCCACUCCUGUAGUUGCGAUUGGAGACCAGAACGCCCAGGAGAUGUGUUCAUAAGCUGAGAAAAGUAGUUCCCUUAGUCCAAAAACAUGACAUUAUAAUUUGUAAUCGUCCCAGUCGUCCCACCAAAUACAAAUCGGUUGAUUCUGGAGGUUAGAUCACAAGUUUGGUCCAAACAUAGUGUUGUUGAACAGGUCGUGUCCUAACAUGACGUCCAUUAAACAUGACCUCGACCUGACUCUUUCUAUUUCAUUUGUCAAACUGGCCAAUAGCAGGUGAUUGAAUCUGGCUCCCGCCCUCCCCUCCUUCCAACUGGGCCGCAAACAGUUUGCUCAAAGGUUUGUUUUAUUUGACCCAAUUAAUUUUUUUUAAAUAAUGGUCAAGUAUUGCACAUAACUGAGUUAUAUUUCUUUCACAAACAGAAAGAUUUGAGUCGGCUGAAUAUGGGUCACAUUCCCAUCAGACCGCUGUGCUGGGACCUUGGUGGGUCAUCGCACAUAAUCUCAUCUCACACAAUGUAAUAUGAAGAAUAAAAGGCUCUUGUAUAUUGUCGCACUUAAAGGAGAUGCUUUGCUUAUUUUGUGAAUUGUGAUGUUCUCAAAUCAUUCCUGCACUUUUUGGGGUAUAAAUAUUCGUUGUUGAAUGCACUUACUGUAAGUCGCUUUGGAAGUGCCUGCUGAUAAAUGUGAUGUUGUGUAAUGUGAUGUGAUGGUCAGGACACGGCCAUCACCGCCCCUAUAAACUCACAGUGAACAGGUCGCUGAAGAGCUCCUGAUUCAUUGGUCUGCGGUCGCUGCAGCCCUUUCAGACGUCUGUCUUAGUCCACUUGGAGAACUUUGUUUCAGAGGAACGUUUCGGGCCUCUCCGUUCAGGAGGCCGCUGUCUUCAUAAUGCUGUUUAUUGAUUAUUAAUGCUAUCUGAGCAAAUCUAUCAUCAAUAAUGUAUAGAAACUGCUUCUGGCCUUCCAGGUAGGUGUUGCUAUAUAGCGUACAUGUUCUUAAAAACAUUUAAUAUGAAUUUAUAUAAUAUGAAAACAUAGACCGACAAACACACACACACAUAUUCAUGUUCAAACUGUUGAGUUUUUUAUUUCUUGUUGUGGAACCAUGUUGUGAGCUAGCUCUGUUAGCAUGGCUACAUGUAGAGUCAAUGUACCCGUUGCCUCGUCUGCUGUGAACUAAAGAUGAUUAAAAACCCAGAAACCAACGGUCA